GCUAAAUCAACUACCUUUUUAUCUCAAAAACAUACUUGUUUUACACAUUUACAGUUUUUGUUGAACAAGAAAAAAAAAAAAACUCAAGGGAGAAAUUAGCUUAAAUUCUUUUGUGUGUAUUUUUUUUUUAUAUAUAUAUUCAUAGCAGAAAAUAGAAAUUAGUGCUUGAUAAACAAAAAAAAAAAAAAAGAGUAAAGUUUUGGAAGACAUGGCUUCAUCAUCAAAUCAACUAACAGCACUUUAAUCUUUUAGUUCCAUGACCUCUCAUAAAGAAGAGCCUAAUCCUUCCAUCUUGUUCGGGGAUUCCGCUGGAGAUGAUCCAUUUAGUCAAAUGCUUCAACAGAAUUCCGUCUCGGAACUCCCACCAGCACCAGUAGGAAAAGCAGUAGUAACCGAACAAAAGAAAACACCUACUACUGCCAAUGUUCAACCAUUAGCGGAUGCUUCUAGCUUAUUCGCCACACCUAGUGGUACAGCCAAUACAGAUGCCGCUGACAUCUUUUUUUCUUCCCCUCAACCAAAAACGACUACUGCUACAACCACAACGUCGACUCAUUCACAAAACGCGUCUGCCGCAAACUUCUUUGAACAACAACCAUCGGAAUCUUUCUUUGAUGGUCUGGCUCAACCGGAGGUUCAUAACCCUCCCGUCUCAUCUACCGCUUCUCUCACCCAAGCUUUUGACCCCAACGCUUAUUCAGCCACAGACUACAGUCAACCUCAAGAAGCCUACGAUCAGCAAGCCGUAGAAUAUGACCCGAAUCAAUGGAUUCAAUUCGAUCCCAAUGUACAUUAUUAUUACGAUGAACAAAGUCAGCUUCAUUAUUACGACCCCAAUACCAACCAAGAAUACGAUAUGAGUCAAUAUACUUACGAUGAUCAAGGUCAGCCCUAUGAUUAUCAGUACGAUCCUCAGUAUGCUGAAUAUUACGCUCAACAAGCUUAUGAUCCUGCUACCACAGUAGAACCUACCGCCGAUAAUAAUGCUGCUGCUGCUGCUGCUGUUACUGGUGGUACUUAUGCUCCCGAACCUGCCUCUUCUGGUGCAAUGGCUGGUUAUACCGAUGGAACCUCUCACGAUCAACAAGUCUAUACACAAGAUAAUUACGAUCCUAAUGCUUAUGCUCCCGUACCCGAAUCUCAAGGAUACAGUCAAGAAGAUUUCUUUCAUUCUCAGGUGUAUAAUAAUAAUAAUAAUAAUAAUGCAGUAGCGGAAGUUCCAGCUCAAAUUCAAUCUGAACAAACAAUUGACACUCAGCAUCAGGCUUACCCACAGGAUGAUUAUGCUCCCGUCACCGCCGUCACUCAGAUCGAAGGAGAGGACUAUGAGUCAACACAUCAUCAUUAUGGUACACAAGAUUAUACUCCAUCCGAUUUCUUUGCUGAGGAUUUACAACAGGAACAGGCUCUACCUCCUCCUCCUAAAGCCAAUCCUCCACCUCCUUCCAAAGCCAUGUCCAUGCCUCCCCCCAGUGGUCCUCCCCAAUCUAUUUCGCUUCCUCCCAAAUCCAAUUCAGUCAAUGAUGCUUCUAGUGAGGAGAAUAAACAGCCCACCAUCACCACUCAGCAUGAAGCAGACGGCUUACAAGAAGUCCACGAUGAUCAACCCACAGACGAUGUCGAUCUCAAUGAUUUAGACCAUAUGGUAUUAAGCUCUUUCAACAAGGACGAGCAUCUCUACGAAGCCGAAGAUGAAUUAGAUCGUCUGGUCUCUGCAUCCUCCAAGAAAGAUCCGGUUUAUAAUAACCCUAAUGAGUAUGAAGAACCUUCUGACCUUCACGUCGAAACUCACCCACAUGUUGAGGAAACCGUCUUAUCGUCUUAUGAACCUCAACAAGAUGACAAGUCGUCGGAUCAUCAUGCUGACCAAGCUUUCCAGUAUGCUCCUCCUCAAGAAACAAACGUUUAUGCUCCUCUUCAGGAUGUCUAUGCACCUCAGAAGGACGCUUAUGCACCUCAGCAGGAUGCCUAUGUUCCUCAAGAGGACGCCUAUGCCCCUCAACAGGACGCUUAUGUUCCUCAGAAGGACGUCUAUGCUCCUCAACAAGACGCCUAUGCUCCUCAACAAGACGCCUAUGCUCCUCAACAAGACGCCUAUGCUCCUCAACACGACGCCUAUGCUCCUCAGCAGGACGAUUAUGCUCCCCAACAAGACGCCUAUGCUCCUCAACAGGACGCCUAUGCUCCUCAGAAGGACGCCUAUGUUCCUCAAUCGUCUGAUCAAGUGGUGGAUUAUUCCUCUUCUUAUACACCUCAGCCCACCGACGUAUAUACGCCUCAACAACAUGAUCGAUCCAUGCAUGCGCCUCCCAAAACCGAGCCAGCACAUGAGCCAUCUACCCAACCCACUGCUAUUGUGGAGAAACCCCCAACGACGCAAAGAUCCAUGAAGACACCAUCCUAUGCUCCCCCAAGAAGCAUGAGCACAGUAAGUCAUCCACAGACUUCACCCCUCAUGUCCAGAAAAUCCAUGACCUCUCCACCACCACCAGUAGCAGCAGGGAUGAAUGCCAUGCAAGCAUUUACACAACAACGAUCCAACAGUAUCACAGAACCCGAUCGUAAACAAAACGGAUCCCCUUUUACAGGCUACCCUUAUUCUAUUGAGCGUUCCGCUACAGUUCCACCUCCCAUGACAGAACGCAUUGCCUCCCCACGUCCCAUGUUAACAGCCUGCCCAGAUCCUCAAUGCGAAGGAGAGAACAAGGCUAAAGCCAAAUUCUGCUGUGAAUGCGGUCGUCCCUUGGCAGGUAUCUCCCGAUCCACCACCCCUUCCGCUGGUCUAUCCCCCGGUGUCUUUACCAUGUCCGAGACCAAUCAAGUGGUACCUCGUACCGCUUUGGAUGAAAAGAAGGAUACGAUGCGUGAAAGUCUCAAGAAAUUUAUAUCUCACUCUAUCUUGUCUCAUCAUACACAAGAGGAUAAACAACAAUUCGCUUUACAAUACAUGGAUUCUCGUAUCUCGGAAUUUCAUGAUGAAAAGGCCUUGGUUUGGAACAUUGUCAAAUUAAUGAUACAACAUCAGGAUCAAACCUUGGGCGAUGGUGGCCAAUUAGAUAAAUCCAUCGCACAAUUACUUGUGACCCCAACUCCUUUGGAUGACGCAUCAUUGCCUUUGGAUCAACUGGAACAUUAUUUAUUACAGGGAGAUCGAGAGGGAGCCUGUCAAUUUGCUACGGAACAUGAUCUAUGGGCACAUGCUUUACUCAUCAGUCAAAGCCAAGGUCCCGAUCAUUUUAAGCAGCUUAUCUCGAAAUUUAUUGACAGAGAACUAUUUGCCUCAACUGAAUCCACCCUUACGCAUCUUCCGGCCGAUAAAAAAGAAUUGCGUAUGCUUUAUUCCAUUUUCAGUGGCGCUGGUGCAGAUGCGGUGAGUCAGCUUACGAGAAAUUCAGUAACAGAUCAUCCUGCCACACACUUUUCGGAGGAUUCCCUUCCAGAUUGGAAAAAGGCUUUGUCCUUGAUCUUGCUUAAUCGUUCCUCCAAUGAUUCUGAAGCUAUUUCCGAAUUAGGUCAUCAAUUAAAGACAGCAGGUUUCCCUACCAAUGCAUUUAUCUGUUACAUGUUGUCACCUGAUACGAUAAAAGGUCUAGGCGGGAUCUUUUCGACGGAAGACAAGACGGAUUUAGACGCUUUAUACCUUACAGAAUUCUACGAAUACGCUUGCAAGAUUCAAUUACCUCAAUACAAGCUCAUGCUCGCUUGGUGGUUGAUUGAAUUGGACAUGACACAAGAAGCUGCCAUUUACUCUGAUGCUUUGGCCGAUAGUCUUACUUUGGAAGAGAUCACCGGAUUUAACGAAAUUCGUGAUACAGUGACAGACAGUAGUGUUACAUCGUUACUAAACAAGGCUACUUUUGAUUCCUUGAUAAAGACAAUCACAGACAAAAUUCAAAGUCGUCAUCCAGAUCCCACUUAUCUGGGUACCUCCUCAUAUGCUUACGAUGAUACGACCGGACAAGUCACAUCGGAUCAACAAGUAGACAAUGGGUUCAAUUAUGGUUAUAGCUAUGGAGGUGGUUACACUGAACCUGAUCACACAAGUUACGCGCCAUCGCCAUCACAAGCGGAAGGGAUCCAAUCCUCGCCUUUCCAAAACUCAGCCGUGACCUCACCUUUCCAACAACAACAACAGCAACAACCUUUCACCCAUACAGGUGUUCACUCACCUUUCCAACAUCAUCAUCAUCAGGAGGGUUACACACCAUCCCAAAGUCAUACCACGCAUUGGGACACGGUCGAGACAAAGGAAGAACAGCCGGCCUAUCAACCUUAUCAACAUGAGACUCCCACCAGUUAUGAACCCGAUGCUUAUACACCCUCUACCACCCAUAAUAACACUACAUGGGAUGAUGAUGAUGAUUUAGGUUUUGGUAACUCUAAAAAGAAGGCAGACAAAGUGACUGAAGGUUCCACCGCCAGAGAAGAAAAACCCAAUGAAGUAGAAGAGAAAAAGGAAGAGAAAUCCGCUACUGCGGCUCCCAGUGGUGGUUGGGGGAUUUUCUCCCUCUUUGGUGGCGGUCGUAAAGAAAAGGAACAAACCUCUGAAGAAAAAAAGGCUGUCAAAGCCAACUUGGGUGAACAAAGUUCAUUUUACUAUGAUGAAAAGGAGAAGCGUUGGGUGAACAAACUUAAUGACGCCAAGCCUGAGACUACAGCGACUCCUCCACCUCCAAAAUCUGCUACACCACAACCCAGUUUUCCAACUAAUACACCUCCACCUCCCCCUGCUUCUGCUGCUGCCAUGAUGACACCUCCUACAUCCGCUGGAUUAAAACCUGCCAGUAUGCCACCUGUACGUAUCAGCUCAACACCCAAUGUACCUUCCACAGGUGGUCCUCCCAACGCCGCUCCUCCUUCCUUUAGUACACCACCCGCUACCAGACGUAGUGGAGGUGCUAGAAAAUCCAUGCGAUCGCGUUACGUAGAUGUACUCAACACCACCACCUAGUUCUCUCUCUCCCCCCUCCCCCUUUUUUUUCCUUUUUUUUUUUUUAUCUUAUAAAAUUUUAUCCCAAAUAAACUAUUUAUCUAUUAUUAUUACUC